AUGGUUUCUGCAAGAAACACACACAACAUGAUUGCAGAGGGAAAUGUUUUUCCAUAUGCAAUAAAUUAUAAGAUGCUAAAAAAGGAAUCUGAUUUCGAGGUAGACCACGAGCGUUUAGGUGUCAUCAUCAGGAUACUAGAGCAUGAAGUUUUGUUCCUUGGAUACGAGACAUGUUAUGACACCUCAUCUACGGAUGAUAUUUGCAGUGCUCCAAAAUUUGGGUCUCCUGAACGAGAAAAGCUUAUUGACGAGAUUCAUGAAUUUAUGCUACCCAAAGCACCCCCAGUUCCUCAAGGCAGCCAGGGUUCCAAAGUACAGGCUACUAUUGAAGAGAAUGAAAUUGAGGGUGUUGAGGAAGAGCUUCAAAAUUUAGUUGUAGAAGAUGGGAUUGUGGCUGAAGAACCAAAUGAGACCCCAUCAAAUGCAAUUGUUGUGCAGAAUUCACAACCAAUUGCUGCCAUGUCUACAACUGAACUGAAGUAGUGUAAGCCAGAACCAACAAUUUCCAAACAAGAUCACUUGUUCACAUGGGCAGCUGUUGGGCUUACCAUUGCCAUAGUUGUUCUUUUGUUGAAGAAGUUCAUGAAAGCUAAUGGAUAUGAAGCAGUUUUUAUGGACAAGUCCGGAGUAGAACUAAAUAGUGGUUGCAGACUGAUGGCAGAUGCAAAACUAGAAACAUCUGUGUUAUGUUAAUUACUUGUGCUUCUCCUAUUGGGAUUUAUAUGCAUAUUGAAUACCUGAUUAAGGGAAAUAAUGUAUACGGAUAAAGAACUAGUAGAGAUACAUUUUAGAACUGUACAAAGAACUAUUUUUUUUUUUUUUCCAUUUUGGUCAUAUUACUUAAAUUUCGAUGGAAUCAUAAUUUCAUUGCACAAUGUACCCAGUAUCUUGGAUGAUUUCAGCGAUUCGAGAUCGUCGUAGAUCUCUGAGUUCA